AUGCCAAGAAUAUGUGAAGAAUGGAAGUUGACGGUCUCUGAAUUUUUGCGGAUCGUAUGGUGCCACAACAUUUCCGAAGAUCGUCGUCGGAUGCGUUCAUGGGCUAUUACUAUCAGUGUUAACGACCGGCGUAUCAUUGAUGGUGUCAUCUUGAAUGGUUGCGCAGGACGACGGUAUACAAUUAAUUGUAAAGUACCGAAGAGUGACACUGACAGCAAACAAGACGACGGAAUGUGGCAGCGACGACAGCAAACAUUGCCACAGUCCACAGCAUGUCGCACGGAUAUCAGAAUAAUAAUAGUAACGAUAGAUUAG